CUGAGCCUGUUUGCUGGCGUUUAAAAGAGCCGGCACCCUGGCCGGACGCCGGACUCCACAGCCUGCCUUGCACCAUGAAGUCCAUUGGCCUUCUCCUCCUGGUUGGGCUUCUCGCCUUCUGGGCUGAGCUGACCCCCACCUACGGCCAGCCAGCCAUCUGCCUCCUUCCUAAGGUUGUAGGGAACUGUGAAGCCUACAUUCCCCGUUAUUAUUACAAUCCAGAGUCCAAGAAGUGUGAGAAGUUCAUUUAUGGUGGCUGCGGAGGGAACAAAAACAAUUUUAAGACUUGGAAGGACUGUCAUUACACCUGUGAAGAGAAGCCCGGCACCUGCCCCAAAGCACCUCCAGAUCUCUUCACCAUCUGCCUGGUGAAGUGUGAAAAUGACUGGAAGUGCCCCGGCAAGGAGAAAUGCUGCAACUAUGCAUGCUUGGUGGAUUGCAUGAGUCCUGUGUAAGCGGCAGAUCCUGAAAGGAGAUCCAGAAUCUGGGGCCAAUCCUGAGGUGGAUGCCUCAUGUUCAAGAGGAGGAGGAGGAGGAGGAGGCCAGGACUCAGCUUUGACCAAACGCCUUCCCAUCAAAGUCAGCUUUGACCAAGCAUUUCCCCAUCCCCAUGCAGCCUUAGCCAGUGUACUUGCUUACCCCUUGCCAAUAAAGGCACGUAUUCAUUGCAUCCAACUGAGGGCAUGGUUACAAUAUUGAAAUAAAUCCAGGCUGGAUCA